AUGCUGCAGCAGGCUCCAUCUGGGAGUGUUGCCCCAGCUGGGCCACUGGCGCUGGUACCUGUGGUACAGCCUGUUGAUAGUAGACAGAAAAGCUACGCUGAUCCUAAGCGUAGGAACGUGGAGUUCCAGGUUGGGGACCACGUGUUUCUGCGAGUUUCACCGUUGAGGGGUGUGAGGAGGUUUGGAGUGAAGGGCAAACUGAGUCCUCGGUUUGUUGGACCCUUUGAGAUUUUAGAGAGGGUUGGACAGGUGGCUUACAGGCUGGCCUUGCCACCGUCGUUAUCAGGGGUUCAUAGUGUGUUUCAUGUCUCCAUGUUACGGAAGUAUGUUUCUGAUACAAAACAUGUACUGAGGUACGAGGAUUUGGAGUUACAGACAGAUUUGUCCUAUGAGGAGCAACCAGUUCAGAUUUUGGAUCGGAAGGACAAAGUUUUACGGAAUAAGACAAUUCCGUUAGUGAAAGUAUUGUGGAGGAAUAGCAAGGUCGAAGAGGCGACCUGGGAGUUAGAGACAGCGAUGCGGGAUCAGUAUCCCGAG